GCCAUCUGAAGCAUAGAGAGAAAUUAGAUAAAAUAAUUAGAAAAGUAAUGAACUAUUCAAUUGUAUGUUGGAAGAAGAGUUGCUACAUUAGAACCAGUUCACAUUGAACAACUCCUAUGUAAAUUAAACCAUGAGGAAUUUAACUAGAAAAAUCAUGCAGGCGGAGUUUUCUCAUGUUGGUAUUUUUAUUCCCAGAAGGUUCAGCCAUGAAAAUAAUUUGGGCUUGGGAACGGAUCUUACUGAGCAUCAGAAGAAAGUGAUGAGUCGGGGCUUGCCAAAGAAGCAGAAGCUCAGAGGAGUGCAAAAUGUUGUGCUAGUGGCGUCAGGCAAGGGAGGCGUUGGUAAAUCUACCACAGCAGUUAAUUUGGCAAUAUCUCUGAAGCAACAACUUGGCCAUGAAGGCAUUGGUCUGCUGGACAUGGACAUAUUUGGGCCAUCGCUGCCUAUCAUGAUGAACCUUCACAACAUAAAACCUGCUCUGAACAAAGAUAACCAUAUGUUGCCCCUUGUGAACUACGGAGUUCACUGCAUGUCCGUGGGCCUGAUGGUGCCGGCAGACGCGGCGGUGGUGUGGCGAGGCCCCAUGGUGAUGUCUGCAGUGCAGCAGUUACUACUGAGGACGGCCUGGCCGCCCCUGCACACCCUGCUGCUCGACCUGCCGCCCGGCACCGGCGACGUGGCGCUCUCCGUCGCCCAGCUCGUGCACGUCGCUGGUGCGGUGCUGGUGAGCACCCCGCAGGACGUCGCUCUCGCUGACGUCAGGCGAGGAGCUCAAAUGAUGCACAAGGUGGGAGUGAAGGUGCUGGGAGUGGUGCAAAACAUGAGCCUCCACCGCUGCUCUGCCUGCGGCCACACCGAGCACAUCUUCGGUAGCGGCGGCGCAGCCCGCGUUGCGCAAGAGCUUGGCGUGCCAGUUUUGGGCGACGUGCCCAUUGCCCUCAGCAUCAGGGAGGCAGGCGACACUGGCUUGCCCGUGGCGGUGGCCCGCCCUCGAGGCCCUGAGGCUGAAUGCUACAGGACGAUUACCAGCAAUCUCUUGAAGAGGCUGGACGAAUCUUCCAUGCCUCCUCAACCUCCAGUUCCUUCCGAUGGCUGCUGAUCUUAACAUGGAUUGUCUCACGCUUAUGCAACAUGUUUGACGUCCCAAGACUUUUGAUCUUGUAGGAUUGUUGUCUAAGAAUAUUUGUGAACAUUCUUAAUUUCAUUGGCUGUCGCCCGAUUUAUAUUUUCUUCCCUCUUUGCCUGUUGACUCGCUACAUUUGAGAGUUGCAAUCCCCCACUUGUUUAGUGCAUGUCUUGUACCUUUCCAUUAGAAUGAGUUACUCCCAAUUGUUGAUGCAUUUAUUGUUUGUAUAUUCCUACCCGAAAAAAAUCUCCUAAAAUAACACGUAAUUAGCGUUUUGCGUGGAGUCAUAAUGUACAUAUUUUAUGCCUUAUCUAAGAUUUGUUAGAUCUUCGUAUAUUCAGCUCGCAUUAAAAAUCUUUAUUAGUAUUGUCCUCAUUCAUCUUUAAAAAUUAUGGCAAAUGAUUAAUUUAACAGUAAUUUUGCUCACGCUGGCUGACCAUUCAAACAGAAAACGAGAAUAAUGCGUGAAAUUGCUUAUGACGAAAUUGAAAUUUUAACAAUUUUUUUAAUAUCUGUGACGGUUGUCCAAUUUUCAUUGUGAGCACUCGGAGGUCUUCACUGGCUUCAGUAGUAAAUCAUUUCCUGGAUCAUCUCGGUGGGUAAAAUUUUGGAUAGCAAAAGAAAAUUGUUGGUUUUUAUGCUUUAAUAUAUUUUUUGUCCGUGCGACCCAAUCCUCUAUACAUGUUCGUUUCAUAGAUGAAAUUUUAUUUCUAUUUUGGACGAUGUUGAUUUGAUCUUAGAACGAAUUAGUUCUACUAUGCGAAUUGAGUUCAAUAGAAUUGAAGCGAAUUCAUUAGAAAGUAAAUGCCAUGUCGUACUAGAGAACAUGUAAAUAUAAUUAUUUUUCAA